CCGGACUCCUGGGUUCUGUUCCUAUCUCUGGUAGGGUGGGAGGAGGCAUGGGGUUCAGGGGUUAGUUGUCCUGGGAGUCAGGACUCUUGGGUUCUGUUCUUGGCUCUGCCCAUUUGACCCUAGGACAAGUUGCUUCCUCUCUCCCUGCCUCAGUUUCCCUGUACGUAAGGAGGGGGACCCAGAAGACUGGACCUUCCAGCCAUCGCAGGCCCCUUUUUUGACAUGGAGGAGCCACGUGCCAAGAUCCUGGCGCUGGAGACGUUUUGUGUAGAGCAGGUUCCGCCAACUGUCUAUUAUGUUCCAAACUUCAUCUCGAAGUCGGAGGAGACCUAUCUGCUGCACCAGCAAAGCUUUCCGGCAUCUUAACCCGUCCCUGCGUUCGGCCCCUCAGGUUUACGCUGCCCCCAAACCCAAGUGGACCCAGCUGUCUGGAAGAAAGCUGCAGAACUGGGGAGGGCUGCCCCAUGCCAAAGGGAUGGUACCGGAGAAGCUGCCCGCCUGGCUGCAGGGCUAUGCCGAGAAGAUCUCCUCCCUCGGAGCGUUUGGAGGAAAGCUGGCGAACCACGUGCUGGUGAAUGAGUACCUCCCUGGGCAGGGGAUCAUGCCUCAUGAAGAUGGACCUCUGUACUUCCCCACCGUCACCACCAUCAGCCUGGGAUCACACACGCUGCUGGACUUCUACCAUCCCGUCAGCAGGGGGCAGCAUGCGGACAGCGAGCAGGUCCCCACGCCCCAGACAGAGGAGCAGCGCCACUUCCUGUCCCUGCUGCUGGAGCCGCGCAGCCUCCUGGUUCUGCGGGAGGACAUGUACGUCCGUUACCUGCACGGGAUCCGACCCGCCACCUCCGACGCCAUCACGGAGAAAGUGGCCAACGUGGUGGCCUGCAGCGCGGCACUCGGGGACGAGCUGCGCCGGGGAACCCGGGUGUCGCUCACCAUCCGCCACGUCCCCAAGGUGCUGAAAACGGCCAUUUUCCUGGGCAGGGGGAAGUGAGGGGAGGAGUUUGCUUCCCUCCCUCCCGCCCAGGCUCUUGCCUGAAAACGGUGCUGUGAAACGUGCAAUUAACAAGGGGGUAGGGAGGCCCGGACAUGGGAGGCUGCGGAGACCCCGUUCUCCCAGCGCGCCGCAGGAUGGGAAGAGCCGAGCCCAAGAGCGUCUCACCCGCACGGGAGGAGAAGAGCAGUCUCUGGGGUCAUCUGUACAAAGGCGCAGAGACUUGGACCGGAUGCAGCGUGGUCUAGUGGUUAGAGCGAGAGGCCAGGGUGCCAGGACUCCUGGGUUCUGUUUCCAGCUCUGGGA